AUGGACUCGCCGCAGAACCGUGACAGUGAAACGCUGCGUCCUCAUGAACCUCUGAGACCAGCGGUGACCAGCGAGACCUCGCCUUCGAUCCGUCCCUCAGUGCAGAAAUCCGCAACUGAGCGCCCACGGCUGACGCCGAGGCACUCAUUGCUGGGGAGGAAUCGCGCAGGGACUGUGGGGAGACCACCGCAGCUGAAUCACCAGGCCACUUUGACAUUCGAUCCCUACUCCUCAGAUUCCGAUUCCUCCUCCGAAGAUCUGCCCUGCACGCCCACGGGUGUCGACGGCCAAGAUGAAGGCACCACCCGCAAAGACCGCACCAAGCGCAAGCGCCGAAGAUCGAGCCCAGGCCCGUUCUCGACCUUCAAGAUCGCAAACGAACAUUUCAAUACGAAAGGGAAAGUGUCGAAGCUGGAUGGGCGGCUCAAGCUGUCAAUAAAUGAGGCAGUAAACAGCGGGUACUUUGCGAAGACGCUAGGAGCAGGGCUGAAGAAGCACUUCAAGGGUGCGGAUGAUAUGGACUCAAUGAAAGGAACAGGAGCCGACAGAGACUUGGAGAAGAUCGCGCCAGAAGAUGAUGAUAUGGAGGACCCCGAGCGACGGGUGAGAUUGAACAUCGUAGUCAUCGUCAUCGGUUCAAGAGGAGACAUCCAGCCGUUCUUGAAGAUUGGGAAGAUUCUCAAAGAGGACUAUGGGCACCGAGUACGAAUAGCGACACACCCCGCAUUCAAAGAAUUUGUAGAGAAAGACUCUGGUCUAGAGUUCUUUUCCAUAGGCGGUGAUCCCGCGGAGCUUAUGGCAUUCAUGGUGAAGAACCCUGGCCUCAUACCGAGUCUAGAGACUGUUAAAGACGGAGAGAUUGGGAGGCGGAGGGCUUCCAUGUACGAGAUGUUUCAAGGCAUGUGGCGCGCUUCCGCCGGUGCGACCGACGACGAGAAUGAUGAAGCCAAUCUAAAGCUGCUGGGCGACAAGGCUCCCUUCGUCGCCGACGCUAUCAUUGCUAAUCCUCCUAGCUUCGCACCGCCACAUAUUGCUGAGCGAUUGGGCGUGCCUCUGCAUAUGAUGUUCACAUUUCCAUAUAGUCCUACUGUCGAAUUUCCUCACCCAUUGGCCAAUAUCAAGGCCGGUAAUGUCGAUCGCGGUUACACUAACUUCAUGAGUUACCCGCUUGUCGAGAUGAUGACCUGGCAGGGUCUCGGCGACUUGAUCAAUCGAUUUCGGUCAAAGACCCUGUGCUUGGAGGAAGUGUCGACGCUUUGGGCGCCAGGGCAGCUGUAUCGCUUGAAGGUGCCCUAUACAUACAUGUGGUCACCCGGACUCGUGCCAAAGCCGAAAGACUGGGGCCCCGAAAUCGACAUUUCAGGCUUCGUCUUCCUUGACCUCGCAUCCUCUUUCAAGCCACCCGAUGAUCUCAUGAAGUUCCUGGAAAGCGGUGAGCCCCCAGUGUACAUUGGCUUUGGCUCUAUCGUAGUCGACGACCCGGACAACUUCACCGAGCUCAUCUUUAAGGCUGUGGAGCUCGCUGGAGUCCGUGCUCUAGUCUCGAAAGGGUGGGGCGGCUUCGGCAGCAAUGAGAACGCACCGGAUAAUGUCUUUAUGCUGGAAAAUACGCCUCACGACUGGCUCUUUCCGCGCGUCAGUGCAGUCGUCCAUCACGGCGGCGCUGGAACGACCGCGAUUGGGUUGAAGUGCGGCAAGCCGACCAUGAUCGUGCCUUUCUUCGGUGAUCAACCCUUCUGGGGCUCUAUGGUAUCGAAAGCGAGGGCUGGCGCACACGAAUGCAUUCCCUACAGGAAGCUCACAGCCGAGAGGUUGGCCGAGGGUAUCAAGCAGUGCCUUACCGAUGAAGCGCGCACAAAUGUCCAGAAGAUUGCCGACAGCAUCGUCAAGGAAGGCGACGGAGCGCUCAAUGCAGUGAGGUCCUUUCAUCGCAGUUUGCCUCUCAAGGAUCCGAGCAGCAUGCGCUGCUCACUUCUGCCCAAUCGCGCCGCCGCCUGGAGAUUGAAGAACACGUCGAUUGGGUUGAGCCCGCUUGCGGCGGAACUUCUCGUAGAGUGGCGUAAAAUCAAAUGGGGUGAUCUGAGAUUGCUCAGGCAUUACGAAUGGAACGACUUCGGUGGUCCGGGCGAGCCUGUCACGGGUGGUUGGGGCGCUCUCCAAUCGACGCUGGGCGAUGUAGCCACUGGCGUUGGUCUAGUCCCUGUUAAUAUGGCGAGGAGCGUGAAGAAGCGCGAGAAGUACUACGAGAAGAAAUACAGAAUCAAGAAGAAGGAGAAGCAUAAAAGGGAAACACUGAUCCGAGCGAACGCAGACGCGGUCAAUCGCACCAUGAACGAUUUUACCGACGGCGCGACGAAGCAAACCAGCCACAAUGAGCAACCGGAUGGGCGACCGCGCGCUCCUUCCCGGCAGGACACUUCCCUUUCGAAGCUAUCGGAACCUGAGGAGUGGCUUGCCGAGGAGCUUGCCCACGAUGCGGGCCACGGUUUCCGAAAGACCGGCGCGUCUAUUCUAAGAUCACCAAUGAAUUUCACGCUCGCGAUUACACAGGGCUUCCAUAAUGCGCCGCGGUUAUACGGUGAUGACACAGUCCGUCGACCACCGAGGAUCACAGGUUUCUAUUCCGGGCUUCGCGCUGGACGUAAGGAGUUUGUGUACGGCAUCUCCGACGGCGUCACAGGGCUGUGGACGCAGCCCUACCGCGGGGCAAAGGAGGGUGGUGCUCUAGGGUUCGCAAGAGGGCUCGGUAUGGGCAUUGGCGGCGUUGUGCUCAAAGACAUUGCAGCUUUCCUCGGUCCGCCAGCUUAUUUCAUGAAAGGCCUUGAUGAAGAGUACCAGAAGAAGUAUCAACCGACAGGCUUCCUCCGACGAACGCGGAUCAUGCAGGGGCAGAGAGAGGCAGCCGAGCUGGGGCCCCGAAGGAAAGCCAGCGACAGUGAGGAGGGAGAACAAGAGGCAGUGGCGAAGAGACAGGAGCUCGAGAUUUUGGUAAGCUCGAGGUGGAAAUCACUGCAAAGCUUGAUCCGGGAAGAAAGGAAGAAUAACAGAAGUGGGAUCGGCGCUGCAUUGCUGGGCAGGUCGAAACAUAAAGAGGGGAAGAUCGUGCCUGGGAAGGCUACGUCACAUCUGGGGCUUGUUGGGGACCGUGCCGCGAAUGGGCAGCCGCAGAAAGCUACAUCCGCACCCAUCGCUCAGGGGGAACGACUACAGGAUGCGAACGGGAACGCGGCUGGGGGUCCGGACCGGGCUGUAACGGGCCCGAUGGUAGCCACGCAAUGGAAAGAGAAGGGUGCGAAGAAGAAGAAACAUCGCUUCUCCACGCCAUCGGAGCCGGAGAAAAGACACGAGAGGGAGAUGGCGGUGGGGAGGAAGGAUAUUCCUAAUUCUUUUGCGAAUGGGGAGCUGGGGAAUGGACAUCUUAUCGGCGGAGGGAAAGAAUUGGGUGGGGCCGAAGCAGGGUGGGGACGGGGGAUGUGA